CUUUUCACCAAAAAAUGCAAAAUUGCAAGUUGCAAGUUAGAGGAUUGAUAAGGAGAUUGUUUUCUUCGAGAUUUUAGCAAAAAUAUAGUGUAAAAUGUGUUCAAUUAGAGUAAAUGCAGCUCUGAAAUUAUUGCGGAGUGUUCCAGCAAUGGGUGGACAGUCACAAAUUCAGAAUUUUUCCAGCCCAAUUCGUUUCUUGAGCAUCUCAACAUCUCGGCGAAAUAUUGCGCCAGAGGAGAGAAAGGAUAAUCAAGUGCCAGAAGUGUCGGAAUCGGAAAAGAAAUUGACUGCUCUUUUGGAGGAGCUCAACAAGCAACUUUCAACAGAGAAGGAGAAAAGUUCAGAGCUUUUGGACAAGUACAAGAGAGCACUGGCUGAUGGGGAAAAUCUUCGUGUGAGGCUGACAAAACAAAUUGAAGAUGCCAAACAGUUUGGGAUUCAGAGCUUUUGCAAGGAUCUCUUGGAAGUGGCUGAUAUUCUUGCCACGGCAACAGACACUGUGCCCAAGGAAGAGGUCACAGACAAAAAUCCACACCUUAAGAGUCUCUACGAAGGGCUGACAAUGACUAAAGCCUCACUGGAUCAAGUUUUUAAGCGACACGGCCUGGAGAGGGUCAAUCCCCUGAAUGAGAAGUUUAAUCCGAAUCUCCACGAAGCCCUCUUCCAACUGGAGAACAAAACCGUGGAACCAAAUACCGUGAUUGAGGUCAGCAAAAUCGGAUACAAACUGAAAGAACGCUGCAUACGACCGGCUCUUGUGGGAGUCUCGAAAUCCUCAUGAGCUACCUGAAUGACUCAAUAAGAUUCCUUAAACUUGGUGAUUCCUGGAAAAUUGUUAAUUCUGUCGCAUCUAGCAAUAAAAUGAUUUGUAGAUAA